AUGGGCAAGGGCCAGGCAGUCACCCUCCUGGUGGCGCGCCGUAUCUUGAUCCGGAUACAGUGGGUAAGGAAGCUAGCUGAGCCUAGGAGGAUUCGCUUAGGUAGCUGGAAUGUAGGGUCUCUGACAGAGAAGCUUCGAGAGCUAGUUGAUGCAGUGGUGACGAGAGGUGUUGAUAUCCUUUGCGUCCAAGAAACCAAAUGGAGGGGACAGAAGGCGAAGGAGGUGGAGGAUAUCGGCUUCAAGCUGUGGUACACGGGGACGGCUACAAACAUAAAUGGCGUAGGCAUCUUGGUCAACAAGAGCCUCAAGUAUGGAGUGGUAGACGUCAAGAGACGUGGGGACCGGAUUAUCCUGGUCAAGCUGGCAGUUGGGGACUUAUUUCUCAAUGUUAUCAGUGUGUAUGCCCCGCAAGUAGGCCACAAUGAGAACACCAAGAGGGAGUUCUGGGAAGGCCUAGAAGACAUGGUUAUGAGUGUACCGAUUGACGAGAAGCUCUUCAUAGGAGGAGACCUCAAUGGCCACGUGGGUACAUCUAACACAGGUUUUGAAGGGGCGCAUGGGGGCUUUGGCUAUGGCAUCAGGAAUCAAGAAGGACAAGAUGUCUUAAGCUUUGCUCUAGCCUACGACAUGAUUGUAGCUAACACCCUCUUUAGAAAGAGAAAAUCACAUCGGGUGACUUUUAGUAGUGGCAAACACUCUAGCCAGAUCGAUUUCAUGCUCUCGAGAAGAGAAGACAUUAAGGAGGGCCCUUGGGAGGAGGGAGGGGAUGCGGACAAUGUGUGGAUGAUGAUGGCGACCUGCAUUCGUAAGGUGGCCUCGGAGGAGUUUGGAGUGUCUAGGGGAAGGAGAAGCGAAGAUAAGGAUGCCUGGUGGUGGAAUGAUUAUGUCCAGAAGGUGAUUUAA